AUGCAGGAAGGUGUUGUCACCUCUGGUCUUCUCGUUUUCCACACCUGUGCCGUCAUCGUGUCGCCGCGAUCUCUGGGAAAUGACCGUUCGAUCGCCAUUGGUCACCGUGUGACGAAAGCCACUACUCCAAGUUUAGAAUUCGCCCUAACUUCCGUGUUCCGUGAACCGGACAGUGACCGAAACAGAGAAGCGACGCUGAGGAACAGCCGGCUCUCCCGACGGUUCUCGUCGACACAGAUAGACGCCUAUUGCGAAAAGAAUGUCGACUGGUUUCUGCGGGUGGCUAAACGUUCCUCUGACGACGACCGUCUCCUGUUCACGCAGAGGCAGAAGAAGUGGCUGUUCGACCUCAGCACCUGUGCAGAUCUGCACGACUGUCUGUGCCCGCGAGGCAGCUGCGAAAGUUCCAGCACAAAUCAUGCAAAUUCGUUGCUGCACCUCACACGCUUGAGGGGCGAACGUACUCGUCGGUCCUCCUUCAUCGACGACCAACCCGAACCGACACUGCGUCGAGAGUACCGUCAGUUGUCCGACACAGAACGCCAGAGUUUCCACGACGCGUUGAACAAGCUGAAGGCCGAGCAAAUCGAUGGCACCAGCAAGUACGACCUGCUGGUCAAGUUCUACUCGCCGAAGUAUGCCCCUGGAUCUCACUUUGGUCCCGCUUUCCUCCCUUUUCAUCGCGAGAUGCUCAAACAGUUAGAGUUGGCCUUACGGACAUAUGAUGUCAAUAUAGCAAUUCCGUAUUGGGACUCCAGCUUAGACGAUGGGCUUCCGAACCCGGCAGACUCAAUAUUGUGGACAGACGAGUUCCUCGGCAAUGGCAAUGGUUUCUUUAUUGUUCUACUUAUGUUACUUAACGAUACGGUUGAUAAUCUCGAAACAACGAGCAAAUCUGCUUUCACAUGUGAUGCUGAUUUUCAGGUGCAAGGAGCUGUCGGCCUGUGGGUUGGUGGCCAUAUGAAGGACAUUCCCACUUCUCCUGAUGACCCGGUGUUUUACCUGCAUCACUCGUUCGUUGACUACCUGUGGGAAGAAUUUCGGCUGAUGAAACAGACACGUGCCGAACGGGAGACACAGUACCCAACCGAACAGAACAGCUGCAACAGCUACCACUACGCGAACUCGACAAUGCUGCCUUUCAAGCUAAAGAACAUCGACGGACUGUCGAACAAGUAUACGGAUAUGUUCUACGUGUACGACUCGCGGCCAACCUGUUCCUCCAGUCAGCCAAUGUGCGAAUCUGAGUACUUGUUCUGCGAUGCGACUACGUCGAGGUGCCUCAGCCAAGUGCGCCUUGGUGGCAACUGCACCGGCUUCGAAUGGGCUGACAUCUGCUACAGAGGCAAGUGCGUCCAUGGCGUUUGUCAACCGGCGUCAGAGUCCACCAAGGGCUCCAAGGAGGAAUGCGGCUGUGACUGCAAUUGCACGGAAAAAAGACUGGAGGAGGAACGCAGGAAACGACUCAUAACUUCUUCACUAUCGCCCAUUGUUCAUGGCGCUGCCGAAGACGUGAAAACCGACUUGCAAUUCACUGGCGACGAAGAAGGAGCGGUCCCUAACGAAGACAGAGAGGCUGACUGGGUCUGGAUGACGUUAACAGUGCUCAAAGGAACCAUCAACACCUCGAAAAGAAGCGAAGUUAAAGCAACGGUCUUCGCUCAAGGAGUCAACUACAACGGCGAAUACCAAGGAAAUGUAGUCCGCAGUUCCCGUUACCCCUACUACAAAGGACUGGUCACUGUGCAAGUGAGGAAUCCAGCGAAAAAUGGUGGCAUGACUAAAGUCCGAUUCAACGUGACCGACGAAACCGGUUUGUCAUGCGAUCCUUUCUGUAAAAGCAGCGAACCCUCUGGCUAUGAGCCUUGUUCUGGCACAAUUACGCUUUCAACGAACCGUGCCAGAGGCGACGUCAUACCGUAUUCGUCCGAUUUUAACGAAGCUCUCAGGAUGCACUGGUCAGGAGACCGUCGCAUUCCGGACUACCUCAUGUUUCUAUGUGAGUUGUGCACUUGCCCUAGUUGUCAGUUGCAAUCAAACCUACUUUUCGAAAAUGGGAAAACUGAUGUUUUAGGCAGAGACUCGAUGCAGCCAGAUUCGCCCAAUUCAGCCACAGAGGGAGCAGGUCAUCAGAAACAUUGCACGUUUCAGCGAUACGACAGUUUCUUGCUGGUCGGCUAUGCGGAUGCGGUGAAGACAGGAACAAGUGAAAGCGAGUGCAAACAGUGGUGUGAAACUUGGACUCGCCAGGGAUACGGAUUAUGCAAUUCGCUCAUGUACUGGAGUGACGACGGGACGUGCGUGCUCACCUCAGAAUCAAGGACAACUAGGCCAAGAUUAUUCGUUCACUCGAAUAGGGACCCAGUGACUUAUUUCGACCGUGACUGUCAGUGA